AUGUCUACAGUGAAAGUUCCAGCUGGACUGGGUCUUGAUUUUACACAGUCACCGGAAGAGUCCAAGAAAUCUGCGUCCACAAUAUCACAGGCACGUCUUACAACGUCCAGCUCGUGGCAGACCGAUGCAGCGAACGUAUCCCGGUUCUCCUCUCUGUCUCGAGCCUCACCGCAGGUUCCACGAUUUGACACCGCAAGUUUACGCUCCAUUAGAGGAAUGCAAGGCCUGCUCAUGGCCGAAAUCGGUGAAGCUAUGGUCGAGCUCGACCCUUCCGGGCAUGGCUCUGUAUUCAAGGAGGGACAGCGCAUCGCUCUCGCAUCUGCCUCUCCAGGUACAACGUCGAUCAACAUGCAUCCACGUUCUUCUAUGAUUCCCGCAGCGGGCGUUCUCGUUCGGAGCGAAACCUACCUCAACUUCGGCGCAUCCCCAACUAGAAGCUCGGCAGAACUUGAGUCUCUGCUUGGCAAUUCCAAUUCUCGCUUGAAGCCCGGUGCGACGAUGCUUCCUUCGAGCAAGCACUCGCACCUCGGAAAGACGGUUAAGAAGGCUAAGCGCGAUCUCGUUUCGCUUGAGCAGGCCAAACCACGCGCUCGCGUCGAGGUUGACAUCGUACUAGAGAACGAUGCCUAUGUUCAAGGAAGCUAUCUGCGAGGUCACAUCAAGCUCCGCGUCCGCAAGAGGUCGAAGAAGGAGGCGCCGAUGCUGCUCGCUGGGGCGAAAGUCCGAGUAAUCGGUUUCGAGUGUCUAUCAAGCGCCAAAGAACGUCAUACGUUCUACCAGUGCGCUGCUCCACUUUCGGACAUUACGGGAAGCUCCUCAAGUUUGUACGAGGCAGAGCCAGACGUCGAGGGAUUUGCGCCGGCAAGGGAAGGCGUGCACACCAUCUCGUUCACCAUGCAAUUACCUGUGCAAGGCCCCUACGGAGUCGCGAAGGGAGUUCCGAGCCUCCAGUCAGGAGUAGCGGUCCAGUACAUCGCUAUGGUUUCCGUCAAGGUCAAGGACUCGAGCAGCGGGAAGCGCUCUAUCGCCCACUUCUACCGCAAUUGUGAGAUCUGGCCGCGAAUUGACCCCACCGUUGCUUUAGCGCCCGCUACGCGCCCGUUGCAAGCGACUACCUCCAAGAGCAUCGCGAUGCUCAGCAACAGCAAAGUGAAACUCACGGCGCUCCUACACCGCUUGACCUUCAUAGCGGGCCAACGAUGUUAUGUCAGAGUAGCCGUUCUUAAUGAGACGAAGAAGACGGUCAAAAGCCUUACUUUGACGCUCGUUCGGACAACCACUAUAUUCAAGCCGAAGCCUGCCCUUGACGCCGGUCGCACACUUUCUGUAGACCCAGACGCUUGCGAGACGUCAACCGCACACAAGGUCGUAGUGGAGACUGUUCUGGAAAUGGGCCAUCGAGCUGCGAAGGGACACGCCAGCGCGAAGGGCUGGUGGACAGGCGUCGGCCCUGGCGAAGAACUCGAAUUUUCGCAUUUUAUCCUCCUCCCGCCCGACGCAUUAUCCGUAAUUCGGGGACGGCUACUGGAAGUCGAAUACUCCAUCCGCGUCAGCCUCAGCGCCGGGUCGUUAACUUCCGACGUAUUCGUAACGCUCCCGAUACGUAUCAUCAACUUCAUGUCGAUUGAUCCUACUCCCAACAACCCAGGUGUAGCAUCUUACACGCGGACGGUCCAGCGCCGGCGCUCUAUUGACGGGGAGUUGGGCUCGGACGCUCCAUCUAUGAAUCCCUCGUCGAUAACCGUGCGGGAAGAGACGGAAAUAAUGCACGGAGGCCAUUCAAUGGUUCCGAACCACCAGCGCUUGCCGUGCGACGUCGAGCCGCUCGUUCACCCUUCGCCCGCUGCGCACGCAGGAUACGAAGGGGUCCCACCUGACACCCCCGGUCUGCGCAUCGCCAACCCGGACCGGUGGAGCGCGGAAAUUCCGCCAAUCCCUGCUCGGGCCGCAGAGGAUAGCAGUGCGUACUCUUCUGACGCCCGCUCGGACUUCGUCAGUAGCGCGUCUAGCGUGGACGUUUCUACGACGGAAUCCGAGUCCGAGUCCAGCCGCUCAAUCCGGCUGGGGAAUAUGGACCUGGACGAUCCCGACUCGGACGAGGAGGUCGACUUCGUCGUCGAGAGGGCACUGGUGGAUGACAAGAGCGCAAGCACGUCGCGUUUCUCCGAGGACGACGUGCCGUCUAGUCCGUGCGCGUUCCGUUCCCUCGGGCGGCGACCCUCUGGGCCCCGAGCGAGGGAGCGCCACGUCGAGCGGGGCAGAAAGGGCUACCCAGGUGCGAGGGCGGCCGUUCACCCGCCGCUUCCGCAGGAUGGCAUCUCGUCCUUCGCAAUGCGCGUGCAGGAGAAGCUCGCGUCCCUUGCCGCUGCGGUGAUUCAGCCCGAGUAUUCUGCAGAGGAUGAAGUCACUCCGCGUCUUGGCCACGGCGAUGUGGAUUACGAAGGCACGCGUGCCCCCGUGUCCUCACCUCGCCUGUCCUCGCUGGAAGGCAUGCGGGGGUCGCGCCAGCUGCCGCGUCCGCCUCCGAUGGGCUCGAGCAUGAGCACGAGCACGUCCAGCAUCAGCGCGUCGACCUCUCAUUGCGACGAGAUGCCAGAGUCCGGCAUGUCUAAUGCAUCCCUCACAGACGCCGCGCUGGACGGGUGUGCUUUGCCCAGCCGCACGACCUCUACCUCGUCGGUCCCCUCCGUUUAUUCCUCCGCCUCGCGGCCGAGCCUCUCUCGCGGGCCGUCAGACUGGCCGCUGUCGUCGUCCGUUCCGCCCUCGCCCAGAGCUCACGCGGAGCGGCCGACAGAGGGUCUGCGGGCCACGGGCACGUCCUCGAACUCAGUGAAGGGUCGCAUCGCGGAGCUCGGGGAGCGGGUGCGGUAUCCGCACGAUACGGGGUCUGCGUAUGUCUGA